ACCACAGUUCUGCAUCUACGCUUCUACCAAACGCAAUUCAGCAAUGGCCUCUCUGUUCACCGUUCUAGCAGUUGCUAGUGUUCUCGCCAUCUCCGGUGAGGCCCUACCGAACCGGUCGCAUUCUUUGCGUCCGUGGUCCAACCCGUUCCUGCGCUCGUCGGGUCGUAUCGUCGGUGGAUACGAGGUGGACAUUGCUGAUGUGCCGUUCCAGGUGUCGCUACAGCACGAUUUCGGACAUUUUUGCGGAGGAUCCAUCAUCUCCCGUAAAUGGGUUCUGACGGCCGCCCAUUGCGCCGCCAGUAGCGAAGAUCCGCGGAUGAGUUUACGCGUCGGAUCCAGUCUGCAUAGCCAGGGUGGUCAACUGGUACCGGUCAAACGUGUCGUUCAACAUCCGGAGUACGAUUACUCGAAUGUCGAUUACGACUUUGCGUUGUUGGAGUUGAACGAGGAGCUGGAACUGAACGAGGACCUGUACGCUGUUGAGCUUCCGGAGCAGGACGAGCCGGUUCAGGAUGGAUCGUGUCUGCAGGUUUCCGGAUGGGGUAAUACCCAGAGCGCUUUGGAGACGGGUGUGGAACUUAGGGCGGCAUACGUUCCGGCUGUCAACCAGGAGAAGUGCGUCGAGGCUUAUGCUUCGUUCGGCGAGAUCACCCCACGGAUGCUGUGUGCCGGUUUUGACAAGGGAGGCAAGGACGCUUGCCAGGGUGAUUCCGGUGGCCCGCUGGUUGAGGGAUCUAAGCUGGUCGGUGUGGUAUCUUGGGGUAAGGGUUGCGCCGAGGAAGGAUACCCAGGAGUGUACUCUCGGGUGGCUACCGUUCGCGAAUGGAUCAGGGAAACCAGUGGAGUUUAAGAUAAGAUUUAUGUUACUUGUGGAAUAGUUGAUCAAAAAAUAUAAAACAUUCUACUAAAAAUUGUACUAAAUAUUCAGAAAA